AUGAGCCGACUGGGCCUGCGGGGACUGGGCCGCGUGCGCUGCGCGCCGCGUGCGCUGCGUGGCGGCCGCUGGGUCUCGUCCGUGACACCAGCGCUGGAUGUGGGUGCGCUGCGCGGCACACUCCAAGGGACCGCGCAGCUCUUUGCGCAGGACUCGGCGUGGCACGCACGCUUGGACGCGGCGGACGUCGCGCUGGAUGCGCCGAUGCGCGCGCGGCGCGUCGCGUUUGUAGGCGCCGCAUCGAGCGGCACGGCGCAGGUCGUGGAUGCGCUCCUUGCCGAGCCGCACGAUGCUGGCGUCUCGCGGGCGCUCCAAGCUAAGAGCGAGGCGGCGGCGCGCACCGACCGCGGCCUCGUGAUCCGGUACGGCGAGCAAAGCAGCGCAGAUGACACGCUCCUUGUCCCGCUGCCGUGGCUGCGCGACGGGCUGGAAAUCGUCGAAAUGCUCGACCCGACCGACAGCGCCGAAAGCCUCGAGACGCUCUACGGCGCGGACGCCGUUUUCUUCGUGACGGACCUCGAGGCGAUGCAGGGCGUGCUCGCACCGGUGCCGGCACAGCGUACCUUGGCGCUGAUCGAGCGCUUUGCGGGCAAGCCCGAGACAUCGGUACUGAUCAAUCUCCCAUGGCGCGCAGUCGGGCCCGACACUCCGGCGCCGGCAGGCGCAAGCGUCGCCAAGGCGGCCGAGAUGCCAGACUGGGCGGCACUCGGGCGCUCGGUCCGCGCCACACUCACUCCACGCAUCCUCAACCUGCUUGCGUCGCAAGCCGCGCCGCUCGGCAGCGCGCCGCCGGGCGUCCAUGUCGUCUCGUCCAGCCUCGCGGCGCAUGCCAAGGCGCUGCUCGCGCCGCCGCCCGCGACAGCUGCGCCGGACGGCGCGGCGCGUACGCCGCCUGUGCGCGACGCGUGGCUCGCGUUUGCGGACGACUUUCGCGCAGCGCGUUUUCCGCCGCUCUAUAAUGCCGUCGUGCGCCCGUCGGACCCCACGACGCGCGUUGCGUACCUCGCUCGCGCUGCGAUCGAGCAGGCGUCCGCCGCUGAGGCCGCCGAGGAAGAGCGCCUGCGCCUUGCCAACGGCUACGCCACCGUCCUUGCGUCAAGCGCCGAGCUGGCCAUGAGCACGCUCGCGGAAAAGAUUGUGCCGGACAGCGCGGGCAGCGAGCUUCCGUCGCCGGCGCAUGUGCGCAAAGGCGACGCGUCCGCGUCAGUCGCCGGCUUCCUCGCCGACUCGCGCCAUGAGGUCGAGGGGACGCUCGCGUCGCGCUUUGCGUGGUACAAGCUGCCGAUGCGCAUCGACGAGCUGCGCCUCGCCCUGCUCUACGCGGUCGGCCGUAGCUUUGGCACGGACCAAGAGGUGCGCCUCGCGUACGAGGCCGGGCAGCUGCGCGCGCUCGCAGCCACCGAGACACAGCGCACCGCCGACUCGCUCGCGGACCUCGCGCGGGGCGAAGAGCAGGCGCGCGCACAGCGCGACUCGGGCGCACUUGCAGACGCUGAGCCGUCGUUUAACAGUGCUACGCUGCAAAAUGCGCUCGGUGCGUUCCGCGACGCACAGCUCGCGCCGAUCCUCUCGCCGACGUGCCUCUCGGAGCCGGUCGUCCGCCGGCGCCGCCAGCUGCUCGAGGCCGGGGGGCCGAUCGACCAGCUGACGGCACGGGCGCAGCGCGCGACGCUGCACGUCUAUGCGUUCCUCGGCACGACGUACACCCUGUGUGGGUACGGCGCACUGGCGCACAAGCGCCUGCACGUUGCAGCUCCGGCGGAUGCGCCGCUGCCGGUGCAGACAUGGGCCGACUUUUCUGCAUCGUCCUGGACGCCAUGGACGCCGCCCGCGUUCUUGAGCGAGCUUGCGGGCUAUGCGGACGUGCUGGCCAUUGCGCCGAGCACCGCGGGGGGGACGGCGCUGCUUGCGACCGCCGCCGCGGCGUGGUACCUGCAAGGGCGCUGGGCGAGCGCCAAGCGCAAGUUCUGGAAGGACUGGGACCGCAUCGUUAGUGCCGUCGACCGCGACGCCAAGAGCGAGGUCACGGCGCUGCUCCGCUACGUGUUUGGCGCGCCGCUUGGCGCGUCGCGUGCGCUGCGUGAUGCGGCUGUCGUGCGCGCGGUAGCGCACGAGGAGCGCGUCGAGCAGCUGCGCCGCGUACGUGCGGCGCUGCCGGACGAGCGGAAAUAG